AUGAAGGACGGCCGUCUGCAAGCUGGCCAUGAGCAGGGAGGGUCAGAGAUGGGUCAGAGUCCAACGGGACACCGGAAGUCGUUUCGGAGGUGUUGCAAUGUCCGAAGUCCAUCCGCACAGCCGCACAGCCCACUCUCACUUCCUUCUCAUUCCUCACAGAUCACACCCCCAAAUUGGCCCGAUGGAGCACAAAGAGGCCUCAGAGACGGCAGAAUAGAGGGAAUGCUGAUGUGGGCUGAGAGGAACAACUGA